GUCACGUGCGCCUGUCGAGGCGGCCAUAUUGCCAUUCGCGAAGUUGGACCUGCACAACAAAUGAUGUGAUUUUUUCCUUUGCUAACUCGAAUCUCUAAUAAGGAAUCAUGAGCGAAAAGUUAGUGAGAGACUUAAGCCAUGAAGCUCAUUUUAGAAUGCAAGUGCUUCUCCUUCCUUCCAACCGUGGCCGUGACUGGAAGACAUUGGCAGACAAGAUGGGCUUCCCUCGUGAGGAGAUUUUGUACUUCGAAUGCAGAAGAGAACCGGUACUUGAAUUAAUAAGCAGUUAUGAAAGCAAAGGAAAGACCAUCUCAGAGCUAUUAUCCCUUUUAGAAGAGAUGGAGAGAUUCGAUGUGAUUGAGGACCUUAAAAAAUUCGUAGAAGCAACACCUACGUUAGAAGAAAAACAGCGAGAAUGGAAGCAGUGUCAAACUGAAGCUGCUGAAGAUACCAAGGCUGAGGCAAUUUCUGAAUGCCAUGAUGUUUACAUUGCUUACGCUAAGGAUGAUCAAGUAUUUGUCAAUGAAAUUGUUACAACAUUGGAGCGACCACCAUAUUGCAUGAAAGUGUGCACUGAUUACCGUGAGCUUUCGGAUACUGCAGCUAAAGCCAUUGAGACACAAUGUUCAAAAGUCCUGGUAGUAUUGUCAGAGAGCUUUAACAGAUGUCCAGAUGCAGACCACAUGGUUAAUUUUGCUCUUCAUUUGUCUCGAGAUCUCAGGAAAACCAUUCUUAUUCCAAUUUUGUACAAGUCUUGUGAAAUACCAAGAAAGUUACAAAUUUUUACUCGUCUGGAUUACACCAGUGACAGAGAAAGGCAGUACUUUUGGAAAAAACUAGCUGCAUCGCUUGGUUAUGAUGAUAAAUGCAAUGGAAAGACAUAAUAAUUUACAGUAGUUAUCAGCUUCUACUUUUUUUUGUUGUUACUGUCUUUAGAGUACACAGUUAUAAUGUCUUUUGAUUACAACGAAGGGGAAAGACAAAACAUUUUAUUUCGUAACCUAACCUAAUAAGUCAAUUGAUAAUAAGCAGGGCUGUAAACCCAUAACACCUGUUACGCCUGAGAAUGCUUGAUUUUCCCUUGAUGCUAUGAGUGAAAUUACCUGUUGUCAGUAGAAUUCACCCACAAAGUAACAAGCUUGCUGCAGGUGUGGAAAACAAGGCUACAGGUGUCUCAAGACUUAAUGACAACCCUGGUUAAGGGAAUCUAACUCUCAGCUAGGGUACCAUAGUAAAAAAAAGUGUGUUGUGCUCAACGGGGGGCGGGGGGAGGGGGAGUUGCAAGCACCAUAUGCGCAAUCUCAAACCUGUGUAACUGCUGGUUUUGUCGGUGUGAGGGGCUAAAAAUGAUGUAUAAACAAGCACCAGAGGUGCAAAAACAAAAAAUUACUUAUUGUGACUCACAUAACCACCUGAAAAGGGUCGCAAAAACUGUAGAGGAUAAGAUGCUCACUAACUUAGCUCCUUAUUUGCUUAUUAAAGCAUUUUACUAACUUGUGGUGAGGCGUUCCUAUUUUUUCCUCUUCCACCACCCCAAAAACAAAAGAACGCCUAAUCACAGCUUAAUGUUUUAAAUAUCUGUAAAACAUGUACAUGCCAGAGUAUUAGUCAGUGUGGAAGUUUGAGAGAAAUACUGGUUUAAAAGCCGUAAGAAAAUACUAGCCACUCUGUUACUUGCCUUUAAGUAGCUGCACCACCAAUAUGCGCAAGUGCAAUUUUUUGCUUUUUGAUUUUGUCCACAACGUCACGUGUUCAGUCACUGCUGACCGAAAACGUAUGGGCUCUGGGGGACAAGAUUGUCAAAAAGUCAAGUCGCUGCAAAUGCAUAGAGUAGUGUAACAGGUUCUUUAAGCCAGUGUAUAAUGUAGAGUCAUAAGUUAGGUUUUAGAGCAGAUGUUUUAUUGCAAUAAAGAUGUUUAUCAAAUA